GUCGCGUGAGGCUUCAUUAACAACAAAGAACCUGUUUAAUAGUGACAGUCUAGAGAGUGACUGACCCGCCAAGCAGCGACGUCAUUUGUCACUGAAUAAACUACUGCAACAUCAGUAUAAAGCGAUCAACCAGGAAAACGAACGACCCCGUCGCCAUAUGCAUAAGUGAAAUUUCAAGAUGGCCCCAUCCCAGAUCCAAGUCGCCAGCAAGUCACUAGAGCGACUGCUCAAGGAAGAACAGUCAUACUACAAGGAGCAAGAGCAACAGGAGGCUCGCAUAGCAAAGUUGGAGAAGGAGUCUGGCGGCGAAGACGACGAUGGAAAUAAAGCGUUUACAUUGAAACAAGAGCGUCAAGCCCUGGAGGAAACCAAGAAGGUGAUCCCAACUCUGCGCGAGCGCAUUGUCAACGCCAGAGAGAAACUCGAGAGUGUGCUGGAUAAUGCUGCCGACGAAACGGAGAGGAACAGUGCGGUCGAGUUGCUCAAGAGGGCAAAGGAGGCGCAGAAGGACGACCCUGUUGCUGGCAUCUCUACUUGAUGACGGCGAACGAGAUCAUGGCCGACAGUCUAAUGAUUGUCUAGACUUCGAGACCGUGGCCGCUAAGCGGUCGCGGUCGCCAAAGGGUCGAGCCAAGAUCGGAGGAUUGAGGUGAUGCAUCUCAUGAUGUCCUCAUGGACUCUCAGAGC